AUGAGCCGAUUCUUCUCGCUCUUCACCAAGUCGUCGCAACCUCUGAUCCAACACUUGGGACCUCCCACCACUCCUACCGCACAAGCCGCUCAGCAAGCACUCGAGAGUUCCCACGCCAUGUCUGGACACGAGUACGCCACCGUUGCCAACGGCUGCUUCUGGGGCACCGAAGAGAUCUACCGCAAGGCCUACUCGAACGGCAAGGGUCUGCUCGACUGCAAGGUCGGCUUCAUCGGUGGAAAGGAGUCGAGCAAGAACCCUUCGUACGAGGAAGUCUGCACCGGCCGCACUGGCCAUGCCGAGGCGGCACAGAUCAAGUACGACCCGUCCAAGGUGUCUUAUGCCGAGAUCAUUGAAUUCUUCUACCGCACGCACGAUCCGACGCAGCUCAACCAGCAGGGCAACGACCGUGGCACCCAGUAUCGAUCCGCCAUUUUCGCACACGACCAGAACCAGCUCGACAUUGCCAAAAAGGUGACCGAGGAGGUGCAGAAGAAGCAUUUUGACCCCAAGGGCAAGAAAAUCGUAACGCAGCUUGAGGUUCGACCUAAGGAGGACUUCUUCCCUGCGGAUGACUACCACCAGCAGUACUUGAUCAACAACCCCAAUGGCUACCACUGCUCGACCCACCGCUACUGGUGGUGA